AUGAAUAACACAAUGAGUGUCCGGGCCCUGGAAGUAACUGUGUCCCAGAGCAGCAUCCAGGUGGCUCGGGGCCAGGCAGCCAUCCUGCCCUGCUCCUUUACCACCAGCGCUGCUCUCACCAACCUCAACAUAAUCUGGAUGGUUAUCCCGUUGUCCAACGCCAACCAGCCGGAGCAGGUGAUAAUAUACCAGAAUGGCCAGGUGUUUACCCUUCCCAAUCACCUCAAGGGUCGUGUUGGCUUUGCGACCACUAUGCCAAGCACAAGUGCCUCCAUCUUCAUCAACAACACCCAGCUGUCUGACACUGGGACGUAUCAGUGCCUGGUGAAUAACUUUCCUGACGGAGGGGGGCGGAACAUUGGCGUCAUUGGGCUCACGGUGUUGGUGCCCCCCUCAGUGCCAGCUUGUCGAAUCCAGGGAACGCUGGAUGUAGGCAGCGACAUCAUGCUGUUCUGCAGCUCAGAGGAAGGCAUUCCCACACCAUCUUACUCCUGGGAGAAGCUCGACGCGCUGCCCAAGCUGCCACACAACGCCAUGCAAGACCAGAUGCAGGGCACGGUCACGCUAAGAAAUAUAAGCACCAGCACCUCAGGAUUCUACCAGUGCACCUCCAGCAAUGCUAUUGGCAAGAGCACAUGUGUGCUAAACCUGGAGGUUGUAGCGCCUCAGCCCCAGAGUGUCGGUCUGAUCGCAGGGACCAUUGCUACUGGAAUCCUGGCUGUAAUCAUCUGUUCGCUGCUAGUGGUGGUCACACUCUUCUACUGGAGGAAUAAGAACAAGUAUGAAGAAGAGGAGAUUCCUAAUGAGAUCAGAGAAGAUGAUUUACCUCCUAAGCGGUCGUCAUCGGUGAAGGCGUUCCAUGCAGAUGCCUCUUCCUCAGAGAAUGACACACUGACAUCAACAAACACGUACAACAGUCGCUACUGGCACAACCCUAAAACCAACUAUGAAACCAACUCCUACACGCGCUACAACGGAGACACCCGUCAGACCUUCACGGCUGCUCCCGGUGGACCCCAUGGCGCUCACAGUCACGGACAAGCUCAGAACACUACGCAGGCCCGCGAAACAGCGGUCACGGCUCCAGGCUCCACCCCCCUACCCCGACACCCGCCACCCACUACGGCAACAACCACGACAACAUCGUUUGCCAACGGCGGCCAUAUGCUCUCCCCACCCAAGACUUUGGUAGUCACAACAAACUCUGCCCCAUCCCCUCCCGCCAUGGUGCGCAGCAACGGCACAGUGAGCCUCAAGCCAGUGGUGACAUCGGCGCACGGGCACCACACGCACUCGUAUGCUGUUAGCCAGGCAACACUGGAGCGGAUGGGAGCGGUGCCGGUUAUGGUGCCCGCCCAAAGCAGAGCAGGUUCACUUGUUUAGAAACCUGAUGUAAGACUCUGCUAAUAAGACUAAAGUAGUGUUUGGUUGGGGUGUUUGAGAUCUGAUCUUAAAAAAUAAAGAAAAACAGACUGAUAUGGGCUGAAGCAGCUCACAACCCUUUACAGUUGUGUCUUUCAGUAAGACUAUUUUUUAAACACAGAGUUAUUAGGUAGUUUUGGUUUUACAGUGCAGAAUUCAAUCGAUGCCAAUUCUUUGAAAGACAUGAUGGGGAGUUUUAUGGAUUUUCUGUCAGUGCACAGUGGGAUCUUUUUUUUUUUCCAACCCCAUGGAUGAUUUCCCUAGCCUGGAGUUUAAGGUCUGCAAACCCAGAAUCCCAGGCCUUUUAUGAUUGUGUUUUGUUUUUUUUUAUGACCCAAACCAGACAUUGUCUCAUUGUGUCAGUGUGCAUCAGCAAACAGAAGCCAGCUUUGAACCCCGCAUUACAACGCAUGUCUCCUUUAAUUUUAUUUUCCAUUGGUUUUUCUCUCUCUUAAAGCAACACUGUGCAAGUUUUGACCCAAGCACUAGUCUAACACUGGCCAAAUUUAGCUAUUCCUCUUCUCAAAAACCACUCUGUGUAACUUGAAAGGGUCAAAUUUGUCACUGAAUAGGUCAUGUGACCCAGAGCGGCACUUCUCUUGACAGCUAACAAAGCUAAAAGCUGUUAUAAUCCAGAUAGGACCGUAACCGAUCAGACAUAUUUCAGGUUCUCUGAUGUAGGAUUUAAUCUAGACGGGUAAGUGCAGCCUUGCCUUUACAGGUAACCCCAUGGCUUCUAAAUCCCCUGGUUAAUUGGUCUGCUAAGCAUUUAGAAAAAGUGCAGUGGUGCUAGUUCCUUUAUGGCACAUUAAAACCUAACCUGGCUAACCAGAUUGAUAAUGUGUUGCACUUAGGUUUAGUUCAACAUGUUAUUAAUCUAGGACAUUGAUUUUCUUCUAAGAAAGACGAGACAUGCAGAAGAACUCUUUCAGCUGAUUGGGUGAAGCAACAUCUUGUGCCUGCCUACAGUAGUAGCCAUUCAAAAUUUUCCAACAUUCCUUGAUGGGCCCUUGGCUGGUUCCCUACAUUUCCUUUUUAAACAUCAAUCUUUUUACUAAAAUAUUCAUAAUUUGUGGACAUGAAGAUCUAAAGAGAAGCGUCAUCUCCUGGUCAGACCCUGUAAAUCAGUGAAACGGUGCAGUCGAGUGUGAAGCGGCUGGGAUGAGAAUCAGCUCCUCCAAGUCCGAGGCCAUGGUUCUCGAUCGGAAAAAGGCGGCUUGUCCCCUUCAGGUUGGAGGAGAGUCCCUGCCUCAAGUGGAGGAGUUCAAGUAUCUUGG